AGCCAGAUGAUCUCACUUUUCUUCAAACAAUGGAUUUUUAUCACGGGUAGCUUCCAGUGUAUUCCAUCACACGCUUUUAACCUUUGCAAUAAAAAAUUCAUUGCUGGAGUAUGUCUGUCAUUACACUCGUACAUUUCAAUCGGACGGUCAUAAAUAAAAACAAAAGGAAUCCGACACUGGAAAGAAUCCAAGAUUAAAAAACAGCGGCACUUUUUGUUGUGUUUUUUGUAAGUGGAUUCUCAAGGCAGCGACUGCCACAGAUGCCAAACCUAGAGAAAUCCCUCAAUCCUAACAAUUGGAUAACAUAAAUCUAGAUUUCCUAUCCUAAAAUUUUUUAUUCUUCUUAUUACUACUGAAAAAAGGACUUAAAUUGGGAGGAAAAUCCAGGAUUUUGAGGUCCAGAUAUGGACAAGUCUUUGGUUCUGCGACAAAAGGGUCACAAAUAAAGGGAGGAUAGAAUUUUGGGAAUUUGAGAACUGGGUUUCUCUCCAUAAAAAAAAAUGACGAAGCUUUGCUUGAUGGCUUCUCAUGGGUACCCUCCGGGCCCGGGGCUUGUUUUUAACCAAGAACAGGGCGUUAGCAGGAUGAUCAAGGAUUGUCAAUCCUACUUGCCAAGUCAGCUAGUGAAACAAGACAAAGUACAAACAGGUUCCUUUGAUCUGAAGUGCAACCGAUUCCAGGAGCAGCCAAAACCAGUUAAUGCGCUGUGUGAGCCUAAACUGAUUGUUGAUGUCGAUCCAACACCACAAAGGCCUAUGGUUAUUGAUAAACCAGAUGCUUACCAAGAUACAGCACUCUUUAGCUUUGGGAUAGCUGAAAAGUGCAUGAGACAUGAAAAAAUCUUGAAGUUUCUUAUGUCUGGAUCAAAUAAAGUGGAGAAAGGGGAACUUGAUUUAUCUUUGUUAUCUGAUUUGAUUCAACCAUUGAUGUUUGGUGUGCAUCAGCAGCCUUAUGCUUCUUCUCUAAUUUAUCCAAGUGGCAAAAUUGAUACCCCCAAGCCUCUUCCAGACUUUUUAGGAGAGAUGUUGUGCCAUUCAAAAAUUACAGUUAAUCCAGAUGGUCGAGUUGUACUUACAAGUAGCGGAACUGAGAUGAAAGACAUCCUUUCAAUCGUUGCUGAAUUUUACUUAUCAAGUAACUCAACUAAGUGGAGAAAGCAGUUGCCACUGGUUCCACACUUCAACAGGACUCAGAGCUACGAAGCAAAUGCGAGUACUAACCUCUCUUCUCCACAGUUUGGUGUUGCAAGUAUUGCACCUUCAAAGAGUCCUGAGAAAAUCAAGCUCAAACCAUCACCAAAGAAGAAGACCUCUAAGAAGUUAGCCAGGGACAGAGAUCUCUACAAAAGGAAUUAUUUCCAUGCAUGUGAGAGCCUUCUUUCCUUGAUGGUUGAUAAGAGACGGCAUGGCAAAACAGCAAUUCUUUCCCUGAAGAAAUCUGGCCCUGAACUCCCUGAGCUCUUGACCCACUUCUCUGCUGGCAUUGCUGGGACUGGUCUUGCUGUUCUUUUCUCUGUUAUUUGUAAGGUGGCUUGUGGGAGAGUUCCAUUUUGCACAUCGAAACUCUUUAGCACUGGCCUUGGUUUUGGGCUAGUUUGGCUCUCAUGGGCAGUUAAUAGACUGAGGGAAACAGUAGUACAUAUCAGCAAGAACGCUAGCAAGUUGAGUAUGAAGGAAGAGGAAAUGAUUAAGAGGGCGGAGAAAAGUGUUAAUGAGAUCUACUUCAGAGCUGCAAUGUUGAUGGCUGUAGCAGUUCUAAGGUUUGCAUGAAAUUCUUUAGAAAACUCAUGUUCAUAACAGUGUUAGCUGGUUGGAUGUUCUAAUCACCGGCUGAAAGUUAAGAAUCAAGUAUAUCGAACUUGGACGUGGAUAUCUGAAGAGAGGGUGAGUUGAAGCAUGAUAUUCGAAGAAGAGAACUUUGAAUUUUAUGCUAUCCCUAUGGUCUUGUUAUGGCCUUUAGCACAUAUGAGCAGGACCUGGUCCUUUGGCAGCUUGUAUACGUAUAAUAAUCAUUAAGUUGCAAAUAAGAGGAGGGUUGUCACUCCCUGACGGGUAAAAAUAAAGAUACCUUUCAUUUAUAAAGCUACAAUUUUGUCAUA